GUCCCGCCCCAUGGGGUUGUCCCCGAGGUAAGCUAUAAAGUGUUGCUCAAACAGGUUGUAGGUGAGAAGUGGAAUCGUACAGGUGGUGCCGGCACUUUUUCCACGCACGGAGCGCGUCCCCGUUUUCUCAAAGCAACAUUUGAAAGAAAAAAAAAAUUAAAAAAGAGGGAAGCAUGAAGCUGGAGAUUGUGUGCGGGAACCACCACAGCACGAACCUCGAUGAGACCGCCGCCACCGGGCCGACAGAACCCGGGGAGUGCGAGGAGCUGGGCUCGGACGGCGACUGCGCGGCGCACAGCCCACUCGCCGGCAAGUCCAAGCCGUACACCCGCAGACCCAAGCCGCCCUUCUCCUACAUCGCCCUCAUCGCCAUGGCCAUACGGGACUCGCCGUGCGGACGCCUGACUUUGGCCGAGAUCAACGAGUACCUCAUGAACAAGUUCCCGUUCUUCCGCGGCAGCUACACGGGCUGGCGGAACUCGGUGCGCCACAACCUGUCGCUCAACGACUGCUUCCACAAAGUGCUGCGGGACCCUUCGCGGCCGUGGGGGAAGGACAACUUCUGGAUGCUCAACCCGCACAGCGAGUACACCUUCGCCGACGGCGUUUUCAGGCGCAGGCGCAAGCGCCUCAGCAUUCGGCUCGGCAAGCGGCGGGGCGAGGAGGCGCAAGGGAGCCCCGAGGACGCGCAGCCGGUCGCCGCCGCCGCCGCCAAGUUCACAAGCUCCUUCACAAUAGACAGCAUCCUCAGCAAGCCCUUCACGCGGGACCCCGAUGGCGUCGGGCGCUACGCCGUCGUCAUGACGCCGCCGCCGCGUUUCGACUCGCUUUACAUCCACCCGAGCCGCCUCUUGGAGCUCACAGCUGCGCAUGCGCCCGACUGCGGCCUUCUCUUACAGACUUUGUGAGCGGCUCCGACGUGUUUUCCCCAAACAUCAUUCAAGUGACUUUGAACAAAAAAAAAAAAAAAAAAAACUGGGUACCAAAAUGACUUUUUAUUCAGUGUGGCCUGCUCGGUUGAACAUGUCAUUUUGGAAUUUGUUGUGUCAACGGCCGCAGACGGCCUUAAUUGUACCUUCUGCCAUCUAGUGGAAGAGCAUGGAAUUGUUCUGCCUGUCACGAUACGUUGCUGGCACCGAUAGAGGAACAAAGACACAUUGUUUGGUGUCAAUAUAUCAUAUUUGUGAGAAAAAAAAGUCAUUUUAAAACGUGAAACUUUAUAAUCCCGUGUGCCCCCCCUCCUCCCUUAUUUUUUAUUUUGUUUAUUGUGUCAUAGUUUCUCAUUGUUUUGAUUGUGCAUUUGUUGUUACCUUUUUAAACUUUUCAUGUCUCUUAAAUUAAAAAAAAAAAAAAACACAUCUGCGUGGACUGCAAGUGACUUAUUGGUAAGUCCCGGUUUCAGGGCAACUUCUGAUCGAUAUUUGGCUCUCGCACUAAUACAAGUAUGGUUCUGUUUGAUUUUAAGGAAAGCAAGUUUAUUUGUAUUUCAUAUUCCAUACACAAGAUCAAUGCACUUGAUGAAAAGCAUCCAAAUUAAGGCCCCAAUUGCACUUUAAAGAUCAUAACAUUGUAUGAUGUAGUAAUCUGUAUGUCAUCCAAAUGAAAAUGUUGAUAUUUCAGUUCUGUUCUUACACAGUUUGAACAGCUGUGGGUGAAACGGACCUUAAAUAAGACCGAUGUGUACACAGUGCGUCCACAGGAUAUUAAAAACAUAUCAUCAGGUUUAUUUUAGGAAUAGCCAAUGCCCCCAUUAAAGAAGGAAACAUGAAAUAUAAGCAAAAGAAAAUGUCUUUGGCGAUGUCAAACAUUAAACUAACC